AUGUGGGCGCUUCUCUUUGGAUCGUCUUUGGGCGCUCAGCUGUUUAGUGCUGCGUUUGAUGGUCGCAUCGACGACGUCCAGCACCUGCUCAAGGAAGGCGCCGACGUCAACUAUACCAAGGAUGCAGCGACGCCGCUCUUCGUUGCUGCGCAGAACGGUCACGACGCUGUCGUCAAGACGCUCCUCGGCGCCAACGCCGCUGUGAACCAAGCUAACGACACUGGAGCGACGCCGCUUUUCACUGCUGCAAUUCAAGCGCACGACGUCAUUGUCAAGAUGCUCCUCGAAGCUAACGCCGCCGUGAAUCAAGCAGCCAACGAUGACGACAGUCCACUGUGUGCUGCGUCACGUCGUGGUCAUCGCACAACGGUGCAAAUUCUUCUGGACGCUGGGGCCGACGUCGACAAGUGCGUAAACGCAAGCUUUGUGGACUGGGAUGUCCAGCUCUUGGGCGGGUCGACCUCUCUCUUUGCGGCGGCUCUGAUUGGACACGAAGAGGUUUGCCGCGUGCUGCUCCGUGCCAACGCAAAUGUCCACGCGUCGGACAGCAGUGGCCAAACGGCGCUGACGGCCGCAGUGCGCGGCGGCCACGAGUCGAUCGUGCGACUCUUGCUCGAUGCUGGCGCCAGCCUCGAUGAUCGGCACCAGGGCCCUCAGCUGUAUAAUGCUGCGUACUACGGACGCAUCGAUGACGUCCAGCGUCUGCUCAAGGAAGGCGCCGAUGUCCACUGGGCCAGCGAGAGCGGAUAUACGCCGCUGCACAUUGCUGCGCAGAACGGUCUUGACGCUGUCGUCAAGACGCUCCUCGCCGCCAACGCCGCUGUGAAUCAAACUAUGAACACACAAGCGACGCCGCUGUUCAUUGCUGCGCAGAACGGUCACAAUGCUGUCGUCAAGACGCUCCUCGGCGCCAACGCAGCCGUGAAUCUAGCUAACAACGAUGGAGCGACGUCGCUGUUUGUUGCUGCGCAGAACGGUCAUGACGCUGUCGUUAAGACGCUCCUCGCCGCCAACGCUGCUGUCGAUCAAGCUAAGAGCGAUGGGACAACACCACUCUCUAUUGCAGCUCAGCGCGGCCAUGAUGUUGUUGCUCAGCUGCUCCUAAGCGCCAACGCCGCUGUCAAUCAAGCUAACAACCGUACAUUUACACCGCUGUUUGUUGCUGCGCAGAACGGGCGCGAUGCUGUUGUCAAGACGCUCCUCGCCGCCAACGCAGCUGUGGAUCUAGCUUUGGACACUGGAGCGACGCCGCUGUUCAUUGCUGUGCAGAAGGGGCACGACGCUGUCGUCAAGAUGCUCCUUGCGGCCGGCGCCGCUGUCGAUCAAGCUAUGAAAGAUGGAGCGACGCCGCUCUACGUUGCUGCGCAGAACGGGCGCGAUGCUGUCGUCAAGACGCUCCUCGGCGGCAACGCUACUGUGGAUCUAGCUUUGGACAGUGGAGCGACACCGCUGUUCAUUGCUGCGCAGAGCGGGCACGAUGCUACCGUCAAGACUCUCCUCGCCGCUAACGCCGCUGUCGAUCAAGCUAUGAACAAUGUUGGCUCAAAUGUCGAUGCUGAUGCAGAACGGAGUGACGCGCUCUACGUUGCUGCGCAGAACGGGCUCGAUGCUGUGGUCAAGACGCUCCUCGGCGCCAACGCAGCUGUGGAUCAAGCUAUGAACGUACUUUGCACCAAAUGA